AUGAAGCAGAACUCGACUCAGGGAGAUGGCUCCAUCCGGCCUGUCUCCGAUGAUAUCCCUGUUGAACAUCAGGAGGGAGAUAAGGAAACCAACAAAUGGACCAGCACCACAGCGACCCACGUCGAUGAGAAAACCAGCAGAGAGUUGUUCUGGGUUAUCAACCGUCGUAUCCUGGCUUGUAUGCUCGGGACCUACUUUUGUCAGUCUCUCGACAAGGGAACGCUGGGCUUUGCGUCCGUCAUGAACAUCCGACAGGAUGCCGGCCUCACGCACAGCAACCAGUUCAGCUGGCUCGGGACGAUUUUGUACAUGGGCGUCUUAGUUGGAGAGUACCCGACCAACAUGUUGCUGCAAAAGUUCCCUGUCGCGAAAUACCUAUCUGCCAACGUCUUUUGCUGGGGCAUCGUCAUCGCCUGCUCUGCCGCCGCCAAAAACUUUGCAGGUCUGAUGGUGGUGCGGUUUCUCUUGGGAGUCUUUGAGAGCUGCGUUCAGCCGGCCUUCAUCAUCAUGACUUCCAUGUGGUACACCAAAAGAGAACAAGCCAUCCUUACGUCACUCUGGUACUGUAUGACCGGAGUCCAGCUGAUGGUCGGCGGCCUCAUCGCCUACGGCGCCUCCCACUACCAAAACCACAACAUCAAGUCGUGGCAGCUCCUGUUCCUCGUCCUGGGCGCCGCGACCGUCGCUUGGGCCGUCUUCAUCGGCUGGUGGCUGCCCGACUCCCCCAUGGCCGCCAAGUGCUUCAACGAGGACCAGAAGCGCCUCAUGAUUGAGCGCGUCCGUGCCAACGAGACGGGCAUCCAGAACAAGACCUACAAGCGCUACCAGAUGGCCGAGGCCGUCACCGACCCCGUCGUGUGGUGCUACGUCAUGCUCCAGGUCACCUCGACCCUCAUCAUCGGCGGCCUGGGCGUCUUCUCCAACCUGAUCAUCGCCUCGUUCGGCUUCACGUAUCUCCAGACGCAGUUGCUGAAUAUCGCACAGGGCGCGGUGACCAUCAUCGUGAUGGUGGGAGGGGCGUCGUUGGCUACGUGGUCGAAGCAGACCGCGUGGGUCAUGCAUGGAUGGACAAUUCCCGCCAUCAUCGGAACCGCCGUGAUCUACUCCAUCCCCCCGUCCCCCUCAAACCGCAUCGGCCUCCUCGUGGCCUUCUACUGCACCCAGUUCUACCUCGCCGAGGGUAACCUCAUCUUCUCCCUCAUCUCGCGCAACGUCGCCGGCCAGACCAAGAAGUCCACCACCCUCGCCAUGACCUUCAUCGGCUGGGCCGCCGGCAACAUGAUGGCGCCCCAGAUCUUCCAGGACAGCGACGCGCCGCGGUACCGCCGGGGCUUCACCGCGCACUUUUGUCUCUACGUGCUCUUCAACCUGUUCCUCGUCCUCAUGCGCUUCUUGCUCGUGAGGAGGAACUCGUCCAAGCGCAAGGCCGCCGCUGCUGGAGUUGUUGAUGGUGCCCGGCCGGAGAGGAUUGACGCUGGGGAUGAGGAUGACAAUGAGUCCAGUUCCAAAGGGAAGAGCGAUGGGGAGGAGAGGAUCGGGCAUGAGAAUGCUUUUGCGGAUAUGACGGAUAAGGAGAACCCUGAUUUCAGGUAUGAUUUCUGA